AAGACAUUGACUCCAAGUCGCAAGCUCUGCAAGCACCGCACUCGGAUACCACGCACUGCUUCCCCACAACCGCAACGGAACUAUGAAGACCCUCUUGUCACUGCUCAGUCUAUUCAUUGCCAUCGCUGUUGUGGCAGCUGGCUACGGCUAUGGUGGGUACGGAGGAUACGGAGGCUAUGGCGGAUACGGCGGCUACGGCGGAUACGGUGGAUACGGUGGCUACGGGGGAUAUGGCGGCUACGGCGGCUAUGGUCUCGGCGGAUACGGUGGCUACGGAGGCUAUGGUGGUUACGGAGGUUAUGGGGGUUACGGCGGCUACGGGGGAUACGGUCACGGCGGGUAUGGCGGCUACGGGCAUGGAUACAAGGUCAUUAGUUACGGACACGGCUACCAUGGAUAAGUUUUUCGCAAGGUGGUAUUUAUUUGAACUGUAAAUAAAGAUACCUGUGAUAUCAACGUCA